UUUCAUAUUCUGCAGCAAACACCCGCAACAUACUGACACCGCAGAAUGUCAUUAGGGUUCGUUACAUUCGUAGCCUAUUUGUCAAGAUGUCUAACGUAAAGGCCAAAGACAACGCUUUGUACGAAUUAAACAUGCAAAGAGAAACUUGGUGUUGCGUUGAAGUGGACAGCAAGUUCUGGGUACAAGCGGAGAGGAGGCAUUUUGCCCAUCAUUUACAGACCACCUUCGAUUUCAAAUCGCUCCAUGACCAUGGAGCGGAGCAGCGAUCGUCUUGGAUGGGAGGCGUUUCCAAAUUGCCGGAGAGGAAGCACUUCGCUGAGAGCUACAAGGCGCAUUUGGUGUGAAAAUCGUCCACAUGUCCCGCUGCCAGCCCCAGGCACUCAACAGUGUACUUAUGAAACAG